AUGACAAAUAUCUCAGCAGUUACUGAAUUUGUCCUUCUGGGCUUCCCCUUGCUUUACAACAUACAUGGCCUCUGUUUCUCGGUUGUUCUGGUGAUGUACAGCCUAAGCAUGCUGGGAAAUGGAUUCAUCCUCAUUAUCGUGACGAUUGACCAGAAACUCCAAACACCCAUGUAUGGCUUCUUGUGCAACCUGGCCUUUCUAGAGAUCUGUUACAGCAGCAUAGUAGUCCCUAAAUUAUUGGAGACAUUUAUCAGUACGAGGACCACCAUUAGUUACCAUUGCUGCAUGGCGCAGAUUUUUUUUAUCUUCUCCUUUGGUGCUAUUGAACUCCUCCUCUUGACUGUGAUGGGCUUCGACCGCUACAUUGCCAUAUGUAAACCACUUCACUACCCAGUCAUCAUGAUGAAAAAUGUCUGCAUCCAGUUGGCCAUGGGAUGCUGGCUGGGAGGAUUUGUGCAUAUUUUCUACCAAGCUGUCUUGGUAUGGACUCUGCCUUUCUGUGAUAAAAAUGUCCUAGACCAUUACUUCUGUGAUAUUGGGCUAGUCUUAAGUUUGUCCUGUGCUGACACCUGUUUGCUAGAAUUCCUGGGGUUGUUGUCGGCCAUCUCCAUUAUGGUCAUCACCCUUUUCCUCAUUGUGGUGUCCUACAUUUGCAUCAUCUCUACCAUGUUACGUAUCCCUUCAGUAAGUGGGCGCAAGAAAGCCUUUUCCACUUGCACGUCUCACCUGAUGGUGGUUUCAAUUUUGUACGGAGCCAUCGCUUUUAUGUAUAUUCGGCCAAACGUGCACUCUUCCUUUCACCUCAGCAAGGCAGUCUCCUUCUUGAACACGGUCCUUGUGCCCAUGCUGAACCCUUUCAUUUAUACAAUAAGAAAUGUGGAAGUAAAGCAAGCCUUCUGGAGAACAGUCCGUAAAACAGGAGGACCCCUCAAAGAGAAAACAUUCUUAGGAAGGAUGGUUGGUCAGUAG